AUGGAAAAGUAUACAGAGUUUAAUGAUCCAGUGACAGGAAUUAAUCCGUAUAUUAGACAAACUAAGUACAGAAUUAGUCUAUUUUCUAUUAUAUUCAGUUCUAUUCUUAUAAAGAUAGUGCUGUACUUACCAGGAUUCUUGUACAAGUACUUCUUUUCUGGCAAAUUCACAAAUAUAGCAAAUAUUUCCAAUAAGAAAUUAUCAGGUGGGAGGGUUUAUCUGUGCACUUAUACUACUAUUUAUGACAUGCGCACCUUAUACUGUAUAUUUAACAACCCAAUGGUGUAUUUAGUGAAAGGUAAAAAUAUAAUCAGAGUGAACAAGUAUGGAAUAGAAAGAAGCACAAAUACUGAAGAGAUAAAAAAAGCAGUGAGUAUAGGAACAACAGUUGUUUUUUUAAUGGGGGGUGGAAUAACAAAUGGAAAGGUAUACAUAAACACAGCAAUAGAACAGGAUAUUUCUGCUAUAAGCCAGUACAUAUCAUUGCAGUAUACACCAGACAUAACAUACAACAUAAACCUAUUUGGAAGGUGGCUGUAUCCGCAGUUUACAUCAAAAAUAGGGUCAUUUAUGUACCACUUGAUGUUUUAUGCAACGAUGAAGGAGACGCCAAUAUGUAAGGUAAGAGUCGCAGAGGCCCUGGCAGAUUUAUCAGAAAUAACACAAAUAGAAAUAUCCAAUGGACUAAAUUCGAAAACAACUCAGAAGUUUUUUAGUGUCUUUAAUGAAUAAAUGAACAGAAAC